GACAGCUCCUUGUUCUUGGUCUGCGUCCCAUUCUUGGUUCUUGAACUUGGCCCCGCGCUGCUACGUCUUCCAUCCGUAAUGACUGACAUGAGGAGGAACCGCAACUUUUCCCAAGACUCAGGUCAUGGCAGUACGAGUACUGAAGGUAGCCUUGAAUACCGUCCUUCGGCUCCCUGGGAGGGCAGGGACGCUCGCCGUCAGUGGAUUCCGGCUGAGGGCCCCAGUACGCCACGCCGUCGUACUAUCGUGCUUUGCUUCGAUGGUACAGGAGACCAGUUCGAUGAGGACAACUCCAAUAUUGUACAGUUAAUGGCUAUGAUGAGGAAGGACGAUGCUUCAAAACAGCUCGUAUACUAUCAAGCUGGUAUUGGUACAUACACCUCGCCCUUGAUAGUGGGCGAAGGCGCUGCCAAAGUGGUUAAGACGCUCGACGAAAUGUUCGCUAUAACACUUCCGGACCAUAUUAAAGAGGGCUAUGAAUUCUUGAUGCAGAACUAUACGAUCGGCGACAAGAUCUGUAUAUUCGGAUUCUCAAGGGGUGCAUACACAGCGAGAGCCUUAGCUGGUAUGCUCCAGAAGGUCGGGUUGCUCUCGAAGGACAACCGCCAACAACUUCCAUUUGCUUACUCGAUGUACAAACGUGACGACCUCGAGGGGCUCCAGCUCAGCAUAAUGUUCAAGCGGACGUUCUCUAUUGAUGUCAAGAUUGAAUUUUUGGGCGUGUGGGACACCGUCGCCUCAGUUGGCCUCGUCGACCGUGAUCUCCCCUUCGUCGGCACGAACAACGCUAUAUGGUACUUCCGCCACGCUCUGGCGUUGGACGAGCAUCGGGCGAAAUUUAUGCCGAGUUACUACCACCGGUCCAAAUAUUCCGAGAAGCAAGUGGACAAGAAGUCGCAGCUGUCCAUGGCUCACAUUAGGGAAGAGUCGGUGGUGGAAGAGUUCGAGGACGCCGUGAAUGACUCCUGUCCGGAUCGAACUGAUGCUCUGGAAGUGUGGUUCGCAGGCGCUCAUUGUGACAUUGGGGGCGGCUCCGUCCGGAAUAACACGCGCCAUUGUCUGGCUCGGAUACCCCUGCGGUGGAUGAUCCGCGAAUGCUUCCGGACUAAGACCGGUAUCCUUUUCGAUGCGAAGAUGCUCCAAGACGAAGUCGGGCUUGACCUGAAGACCUUGGACGACGAGCCUCCCGCCCGAACCAUCAAGUUCCCUUACCAACUCGUUGUCGGUCUGAUUCGCCCCUCCAAGAUAUCCCUGAAAGCGGACUUCUUCCUGGAGAAGACGGCGCAGUCGGAUUAUCUCGGCGAAGCGGAGGAAGAACUACUGGAUGCGCUCAGCCCGAUAUAUGAUCAGCUGCGUCUAACGUGGUGGUGGCGGAUUUUAGAGUGGCUGCCUCUGCGGCACAAGAAGCAGAAAGCCAAUGCGAACCCCCUGAAUGACAAGAAGGAAUACGUGUGGUCCGUAAACCGAGGCCGCGGCCGACCAGUGUUCGGGUACCUGAUGCAGGAGGGCAUGAAGGUGCACCGUUCCGUGAAGACUAGGCUGGAAGCGCUCGAUGGCCAAGGAAAGCUAGAGUCCUACGUGCCGCGGGUCCGACCAAAGCUGUUUAGUCGCAAAGCGAAACGGUUCACCCAUGCCGAAUGGAAUGUCGAGCACCCAGACUUUUGCCAGUGGGUUGACUGA